UGUUAUAACUGUUAAUUAUAACACAUGUAAUCAUAGAACUCAGUGUUUAAAGAUUUUAUAAUACUAUGGCAUUAGUGUUUCAGUGAUUUUACAUCGAUGUUGUAACAGAAUUAUAUAUAGCAUCAUGCCGCCACGAACUCGAGGCAGCAAAACAAAAACUUUGAAAGAGAAUAAAAGUGUUGUGGUCGAAAACAAAUUAAAAAUAAAACAUAGCAAAGUUACGAAGAUACAUAGAAAGGCUUUAAAAGACAAAACUAAUUCAGUAUCUGAUGAUGACAUGUCUAUACAGAAACAAAAACAAGUUAUAACAAGUUUAACUUCUGAUCAACCGACCACUGUAACGGAAUCUGAGAGUAAUGCAAGACCUCGUCGUGAAAGACGAUUGCCUACACGCUAUAAGGAAAGUGAUUUAUUGAAUAAUUUAUCAAAUAGCAAAAAUGAUACUGAAUUGGAAAGUCAUUUUAAAAGUGACUCAGAAAUACAGAUGAAAGACACUAAAACUUCCAAAUUACCGGUCAAACCUUCACCAAAAACUUCACCUGUUUCAAAUUCAUUUAAGACACCACAAAAAGUUACACAAGUAUCAGAGUCCAGCUUAGUAGUUAAUCGACCAAGAAGAUUAUGUAGGUUACCUUCUAAGUUUGAUGAUCACUCUCUGAGUCCAACCAAAUCUGUUGUGGUACAGCCAUGUCAUGCCAGUACACCAAUAUUACAGAAUAAGACUUCUAAAACAAAUAAAAAUCUUACUCCCAAUAAAUCAUCUACCUCAAAAAAUUUAAAUAAGGAGAAAGACAAAAUUUCACCUAUAAAGAAAACUCCACAGAAAAGACACAUACAAUGUUCUAAAAAUACAAAUAUUUCAGAUACAAACAAUAAUGCCAAUAAAAUCUUGCUAAGGGCCAGAAGUGAUACUAAAAUACCUCAUAAAAACAUCUCUGUGAAGGAAACGGUGACAAAGCAGUCUAGUAAAAAAGCUCUAAACAAAAUAAAUAACAAUUAUUCAUUUAAAGUUCUUGAAGAGAAGCCUUCAUCUGACAAAUAUGAUAAUCCAGAUGUUUAUGAAUUUACCUAUGACCCUAAUGAAGAACCACCACCAAAGAAAAAACGAAAGAGAGUGACAAAGAAGAAACCAGCACAAGCUAAGACUGUUAUUUUCAAGAACAAUUAUAAUGCAAAUUUGAACAAAGCUCUGGCAGCUUUGAAAACUGUUGUUACUAAGAAAGUAACAGUACCUGCAGUGGAAAUAUGUGCUGUUAAUACAGAAAAAACUGUAAAGGCAUUGGUAAAUGUGAAUAAAAUAGAUACAAAAAAAAAUAACCAUGAGAAUAUUCAAACAAAUAUACAAGAUAAGGAUGUAAUCAGAAUUAAACCUACUAAAAAUAUACAAAAUGUUGAUAACAUUAUUAAUCAAGUUCAAAAUGUUGAAUCAAUUCAUGAAACCAUUAAUAACUUGACAGUUCAAGGUAGAAACUUUAAUUCUAUUAGAGUAGAGGACAUUGCUGCUGAUUUUGAAUUAGACAUGGAUCAUGAUAUAAACUACUCCCCAGUCAAUUCACCCCAUAGACCAAAUACGCAAACACAAGAAAUAAGUUCUGUUAGAGAAGAGAGGGUUGUUCAACCACAAAUACACAAUAAAGACCCAUUGAAUCUUCAAGAAGAUCUUAGUUUCUUUGAUGACAUUCCUGUAGCAAGCAGUAGUAUGAAUAUCUCAGUUAGACAGGCACAUGCCAGUCCAUGGCGGGUUGAAUUUGGAAACUUACCUAUAAAAUGGCAUGCAAACACUUAUGUGAAAUCAAAUAUGACUCCGGCAGUUGAAAGUUCAUUCAUAAAUUCUGAGGAGAACACAAAGAAACAUGUCUAUACCAAUAUGUUACCACAAUCAGAAGAUAUAUUGCCAGUAACUGUUCUAAACAGUGAGCCUAACUUGAAACAGACUAGUAUAAUAUCAUUUAUAAAAGAGGUAGCAGAGAAAAAUGCUGCUAAGAAAAGAAGGGGCAAAUCAGAUACACCAACUAAAGUAAAUAAAAUGUUUGAAGAUUUAUCUAAUAUGCCUGGCAGUACACAUACAGCCUUACAUAAAACACCUACUAAAGGAUCAAAGAAGAUAAAAGAAAAAGUUGACACUCCAAAUAAGGAGUCAGUAGAUGAUUUACCAAACAGCAGUAAUGAUAAGGAAAAUCAGUAUGAAAAUUUGAAGAAAGCAAAUGUUUCUGAAACAACACAAAAAGAUAAAAAUGCUACAUUCUUUGGUUUUGAUGACAGUGAAGAUCAGGAAAAUGUUUCUCCAAUAAAAAUUAAUAACCCUAGAGUUUUGGCACUGAGGUCCCGUGCACGGGCUGCACUUCAAGAAAUGAAUGCUCAGUCAGGUCCUACAAGAGCAUUAUUGCCUGUUGCUGCUAAAUCUAAGAUAGCACCAAGUUCUGAUACCGUAAAUCAAAUUUAUGAAGGAAUGAAAUCUGCAACUGAUGCACCAAUCAUUCCAGAUAAGCAAGCUGAAGCUGAAAAAAAUAGACAGGAAAUAACAAAUACCAAUAAUAUAUCUUCUAAUUCAGAAUCAAGCGGAGAUGAAUCUCAAUCUGUACAUUUGUUUGAAGAUUUGGAAAUCAUACAUCAUCAAAAGCCAUUACGAAAAAGUUAUGGAAAAUCUAAAAAAGUGACAUUCCGACAAAGAUCUGUAUCUAACAGUGAUGUGCAAGAUUCAGAUGCAGAGCAGUCAGUAUCAAGUGACGAAGGUGACCUCACAUUCACAUUUCCAAAAGCACAACCUAAAAAGAACACUAAAAACACUAGAAAAAAGCCUAGCAAGAAACAAAAUAAAGCAAAGAAAGAGGAGGAGGCAGCAGAAGCAUGGGCAGCUGGCUUUAACUCCAUGUGUGAAGAUAUUGAAGAGUUUCCAUUGCUUGUUGAAUAGUAACUAUUCUUUGAACUUCAGGUAU